AUGAAGGAUCAUUGAUGGAGAUGGGAUUGUAGGCUCAUUGAUGGAGAUGGGGAAUGAAGGCUCAUUAAUGGAGAUGGGGAUUGUAGGCUCAUUGAUGGAGGUGGGGGAACGAAGGCUCAUUGAUGGAGGUGAGGGAAUGAAGGCUCAUUGAUGGAGGUGGGGAGGGAAGGCUCAUUGAUGGAGGUGGGGAGUGAAGACUCAUUGAUGGAGUUGGAGAGGGAAGGCACAUUGAUGGAGCUGGGGAGGGAAGGCUCAUUGAUGAAGCUGGAGAGGGAAGGCUCAUUGAUGGAGGUGGGGAAUGAAGGCUGGCCCAUGUAGUCUGAUCCAAGAGACCUAUUGAACCUCAAAUUGAUGAAAAAAUUAAU